AAGAAAAUACGAAGAGUCGUGAAUUAGGUAUAAAGGCGAGAAGUAAGAAUUCAUGGUAAAUAAAUGCAUACCUCUGUAAAAAACCAGUGAGGGGUUGAAAAACUGUAACGGCUUUCUUCGAAGAAUUGGCGCGAAAAUUCGAUGGCGGACGACUUCGAUUUCGCCUUCAAUCUCCAGUUGGAAGAAGCACUCACCGCCUCCCUCCUCGACGGCGCCGUUUCGUCGCCUAACGCCGACGGAGUCCCCUACGACGCCGUUUUCGGCCCCGCUCUGUCGGACGCCCUCCAGCGCGACGAUCUCUUCAAGUACGAGCGCGAGCUCCUCGACCAGUACGGGACGCAGGCGGCGGCGAAGCGCCUGCGGCUCGACUUGUGCCGCCAGGUCCACGACCGCGCCUUCGCGUGCCAGAUUUCGAACACGCCGGAGGAGGAGUGGAGGAGAACCGGGGAUUAUCUGCAGAAGCCGUACGGCGAGGGCUCCUCCUCCUCCUCCUCCUCGUCGGAUGGGAAAGGGUUAGGGUUUAGGGUUUACGUCAAGGGCUUGGUGGAGGGGUUCGUGGGCGGCGUUGCGGUGGUGAUACGCGACGACAACGACGGGCUGGUGUUUGAAUUGGGCAAGGGAUUGAGCGGGAAGGAUCAGACUGUGGAUGAAGAGAUGGUUGAGUUGAAAGCUUUGAUUGGAGGGCUUGAUGCCGCCGUGAUGCUGGAGUUAAAGGGGGUCACCUUUGUUACUGAUAACCGGUUGCUGUAUUUACAUAUCACUGGCAAAGCCCAGCAACUGAGGGAAAAUUUUGCUGUGUUAUCUAACCAGAUAGAUCUUCUUCUGAGGAAAUUAGGCAAUAUUCGCGUAUCUUUUGUGACUCGCGAUGAUAAUGGGUUCGCUGUUGAACUUGCAAGGAAGGCAAUUGCUUCUGAGGUCAAUCGAUCAGCAGGAAGCAGUGGUACAAAGAAUCUGACAAAGACAUGUACAAUAUGUUUGGAAGAUACAGAUGUGGAUCAGAUGCUCCUAAUUGCAGGUUGUCUGCAUAGCUACUGCUUCUCGUGUAUGUCGAAGCAUGCCCAGUUUAAGUUGCUUCACGGGAUUAUACCUAAAUGCCCCGAUGAGAACUGCAAAUCUCUUUUGGAACUUGAUAGCUGCAAGAAGUUCUUGACUGCGGAAUUGUUUGACAUAAUGUGCCAACGUGUGAAGGAAGCAUCCAUCCCACCAGCGGAGAAAAUCUAUUGCCCCUAUGCAAGAUGCUCGACUUUGUUGUCAAAAACAGAGCUUCAAGGCUCCAAGGGUGGUGCUGAUGCUGUUGCAGUAUUGGGUGGUAGGAAGUGCCCUCGUUGUGGUGGUCUUUUUUGCAUCAAUUGCAAAGUCCCUUGGCAUAGUAAUAUGAGCUGCUCUGAUUUUAAAAGGCGAAAUCCCAACUCUUGUAAAGAUGAAAAGAAGCUGAAAUCAUUGGCUACUGAGAAUCUAUGGCGUCAAUGUCCCAAGUGUAACCACAUGGUUUCACUUUCUACAGGAUGCUACCACAUUUACUGCAGAUGUGGGCACGAGUUUUGCUAUACAUGUGGAGCAGAAUGGCAGAACAAGAAAGCUACGUGCUCUUGCCCUAUCUGGGACGAGCGCAACAUUGUAUAUGAUGAUUAAGAUUGACACCGAGCAAGAUAGAGCACGAUGCAGGGUGCUUCUACGCUCCACCUUUCUUGGUAAAGGUCUACCCCGUUCUCGUUUUUGCAGGCCGACCGACUUUUUUUUUGCAAGAUGAAAACCUGUUGCUGUGUUCAUAUUUUGAGCUAUUGUUUUGCUGGUUCAAACAUACUCAUCCAUGUGCCUUUCUUUUGUUUCCUGGGCAAUUUAUGUGUAAUUAUGCUCUGCACAUUUAGAAAUCAUUCAUCCUUUGGAAGAUGAAGUGUGGAUAUGUUGGCUUCUAGUUUCUGUUUAAAUCAUAUUUAAGCUAUUGCUGAUUCAA